AUGUCUGCUUUGUUUAAUUUCACUUCGUUGUUACAAGUUAUAUUGCUUCUGAUAUGUUCCAGCACGUACAUCCAUUCCCAAUGGCCUUCAUUUUUGGAUCGUUACAAAGAUCAAAGUGUACUAGGUGCAUUUUGGAAAUUGGCUCGUAUUGGUGAAAGGGCUUCACCAUACGUUAGUCUAGCUUGUAUCAUCAUGGCUGUCAACCAAUUCAACAGCUGA